UGAAUAUAUAACAAGAACAUAAACAAUUAUAUUAAUUUAUGAGAUUUUUAAAAAUUAAAAAAAGAACAUACACCCGCGCGCAAAAGCUAGUAAUCUAUUAAAACGAAGAAAAUUAUCGUAAUCAAGUUCUGAAUACUUCGUUAACAAAGAAAAAUCGAAUAUCCCGGGAUGUACUCCAUCAACUUAUCCAUCAUCAAGAAAAGAAAAAAAACCAAAACACUCAGCAAAGAUUACUGCACCGACUAAGCCAUCCUCAAAGGUGAGAAAAUAGCUUUCCAAAGUAGCCACCAGCCAAAGAAUCCAACUCAGCGUGGUUAAAUACAAAAUAAAUCACCAGUCAAUCACCAAUGAAGAAAAAAAUACUGUACAUGUGUAUCAAAUUCUACGAAGGCAUACAUAAACAAGCGAUGCGAACACCUGAGACGGCGCUAUUGAACGGACUUUCUGUUCGUCUCCCCCUUUUACAUAUUUUUACAGACCAUUCAGUUGGUCUUAUUCUAGUUUGAGCAUCGAAAAAAAUAUUUAACAAACCAUCUAUUGUCCCAUCAUUAUCUUGGUAGUGAUAGUGGUGUAUGUUACAUUUUUUUCCCAGAGGCAGUACCAGUUUCUCGACAUAACAGUUUCCAUACUCAAUAUAUUCUAAUGAUACUUUUCACAAAACAAAGUUUGAAUGUCAAACUCUAAAUUAUUACAAUAUCAUAAAUACCAGUAUAUAUUACUCAUCACAUAAUAUGAGUAUCAUAAAAGUUCUUAAUUAUUAUACCAUUAAUCUUUUAAAAUAGAUAAUAAAUGUAUAUAUUGUUGUUGUUUUUUUUGCACUCAUGAUCAACUACUCACUACAACACAUGCAAUAAGGAUGAACAACUUCUUGAACAACUUUUCCAAGAUGCAUCUCUCACUGUAGCACUCUAAUCGACAGGCACUUAUAUGCAUGUAUGAUAUCUUUGAUGGAUAUGCUUUAUCCACAACACACGGCCACAACAAAAGGGUCUGCAUGCAGCACUUUGGAACGUCCAAUACCUGGUGUAAAAGUCGUUAAACCUUGACCACUAGACCACAUUGCUUCCACCGUAUAUAUAUUGGUGUUUGUAAAGAAAAAAAUUGUAUUAAACUUGAGGCUUCUUUUUAAUGAACUACUAUUAUUUUCUGUGGAUGUGUUAGUUCCUUAGAAUAGAUACAUUUUGUCAACUAUUCCACAAAUACUAUGUUUAUUGCCCAAAAAUAGAUAUCAUAAAACUGUAAAUGUGGUGUCGUUACCUUCAAAGUUAAAUCCGUGUGUGUAUGGGUCAAUGCUUGUAUCAUUUUCUUUUAUUUGAGUUUGUUAGUUUCCAGGUCUGAAAAGGUAGGUUUUCAACAAAUCAUACACGCCAAAAUGAAAAAAGUUGUUGACACUAACUACCUCCUACGAAAACAAAUACUUAUCGAAGACCAAAACAAACGAUAAGAGAUACAAUUAUUUUUAGAAUUCGUAUGCAAAGUUUAAAAUGUUCUCAUUCUUUUGUUUUUCCCUUGAAUCCCAAGAGCUGAUACAGCGAAAUUCUAUCACUUACUCGUUUAUUGACCCACGUUCAUGUUCAUGAAUACGACGACCUACAUCGAGGAUUGCCGACCCUUGUUGUUUAACAUCUCUUCCAAUGGAAUAUGGGAGAAUUUAAAGUCGCCCGAUGUGAUUUUUGGGUAUUCUUUGCCACUCAUGGAGAUUCAGAUAUUACUUAUCUUCACAUCGGUGGUCAUGGCUCACAUGUUCCUCAGAUGCAUUGGCAUUUCCCACAUCGCUUCCUAUAUGAUAGCUGGUCUGAUUAUGGGACCUCAGCUAUUCGAUCUGAGGGAGAAGUCAACAUGGAAACUAUCGUUGGAUCCUAUUAUGAAUGGAAAUGGACCGUUAAGAAGCUUCUCAGCAUGCGGCUUCAUGAUGUUUUCAUUCCUCAUGUCCUUACGGACCAGUCGGCGAGUUGUUUUCAACAACGGACCAUUGCCCGUUGUUAUUGGGAUCUUGACUUUCAUAGUUCCUUUGGUUGUAGGGCUCUGUUUUCGAAACGUCCUCGAUGACAACAUAAACCCUCACUACAUGCCCCCGAAAAAAGCCCUCGCGGAGCGCACUGUGAUCAUUGCAACACAAUCUUCGAUACUCUUGCCCACCAUCACCUAUUUCUUGUCGGAACUCAAUAUUCUAAACUCGGAGUUUGGUCGGCUUGCAUUGUCAGCAUCUGUUAUCAACGAUAUCCUUGGCGUUUCUUUCAUUGUACUUGCGUAUUCUUUGGGAUCAUACAAAAACAUGUCACACUCAACAGCCUACAUUGACCUUAUCGCGGUGAUCAUCUUUUUUCUCCUCGUCUUUUUUGUUGUAAAGCCGGCCGCAGAAUGGAUAGUACAAGAAACACCAGAAAACAAACCUGUGGCGAAUAUAUAUGUGCAUGCUGUAACUUUAACCGUAUUGGGUUCUGCCGUUUACACCACGGUCUUCCAUAUGAAAUACGUCCUUGGACCAGUCAUGAUCGGCCUCGUUAUACCAGAAGGUCCGCCUUUAGGAUCCGCCUUAGAAGCCAAGUAUGAGAAGCUCACGUUAAACGUGUUCUUGCCAAUCUCGAUUGCAUUCAGUACAAUGCGAUGUGAUAUUACGAGGAUUGUGUACGAGCUAGAUGACAUAUUAUACAAUAUCUUUCUAAUGUUGCUGACAAUCGCUUUGAAACUGGUUGCCGGUAUUGCACCUUGCUUGUACUGCAAGUUACCUCUCAAGGAGUCAAUUGCUGUUUCCAUCCUCUUGAGCUGCAAGAGUUUCCCAGAAAUUUUUUUCUAUGAAUCUACAUUAGAUGAUAAGUAUAUAUCACAAGCAACAUACUCUUUCUUGAUAUUAUAUACGUUAUUAAACUCUGGGAUUGUCCCAGUAGUUAUAAGAAGUCUGUAUGAUCCGAAGCGGAAGUACAUUGGUUACCAAAAAAGGAACAUCUUCAGUUUGAAACCAAACUCCGAUCUUCGUAUUCUUACUUGUGUGCACAAACCUGGGAAUAUCUCUAGGGCCAUUUCAUUUAUCCAAUUAUUUUCCUCGCCGAACCAAGAAUUCCCCAUCAUUGUCACGGUUCUUCACCUCGUGAAGCUAGUGGGUCAGAUCGUACCGAUCUUGAUCUCGCACGACAAGAAGUCGAAACAACUGAUCAAUAACUCCUACAUCCAUACCGUAAACCUUGCCUUCAGCCAGUUGAUGCAAGAGAGCUUUGAUUCAGAAAGUGUGGCCAUGUUCACAGCCCUCUCGCAUGAGAAAUUAAUGCACGAAGACAUCUGCAUGCUCGCACUAGACCAGACAACAUCGAUGAUUGUCGUCCCGUCUGGAAGAACAUGGACCAUUCAUGGGGAGUUCAUGUCAGACGAUGUGGCCAUAAGGCGUCUCAAUAUCUCUCUACUCGAACGUUCGCCAUGUUCUAUUGGGAUACUCGUGGAUCGUGGACAGUUCAUGCGUAAAGACAAGAGAAAGGACUACAUCAAUGUAUGUGCGAUAUUUAUUGGAGGUAAAGACGAUCGUGAGGCAUUAUCGCUGGUGAAUAGGAUGAAACAUAACCCAAAGGUCCAAGUUGCUGUGAUUCGACUAAUGUCUAACCAAGAAACAGAGUCGACAAAUUGGGAUUACAUUCUUGAUCAUGAGGUUAUCAAAGAAUUGAAGGAUCCAGAGUCAAACAAAAAUAUUGCAUAUACAGAGAGGAUACUGACCGGUGGUCCUGAAGUGGCUACCACGGUUCGGUUGCUUUCAGAAGAGUAUGAUCUUAUGGUUGUUGGAAGAAAUCAUGGAAUGUCGUCACCGGACUUUUCAGGACUGUUAGAGUGGAUGGAAUUUCCGGAGUUAGGUGUCAUCGGAGAUUUGUUGGCGGUUAGAGAUCUUAGAUCUAGCGUCUCUGUUUUGAUAGUUCAACAACGACAUCAAGCAUAAAUCAUUCAUUGGGAACUAUUCAACAAUACGAGUGUAUAAUUUUAGGACAUGAUUUUAUAAGAUCUAACAUGGAAGCUAUUUGCCAUGCGAGGAGUAUUAAUGUAUCUCACAGUUUCUGAUAAGAUCUAACAUGGAAGCUGUAGGAGAUGGAUUACAUCCCUUCACAAGGCCCAUCGAAUAACAGGCCCUAAUCCAGUAAAUUGGAUUAGUUUGGUCGGUUCGGCGGCCAAACGUAUCGGUUCGACCUUAGAGUACUUUUAGCCGGUCGAGUAGGCCGACCAAAAAUACCCGGCUUGGAGGUAACUUUCUCCAGGCCCGCAUACUCGGUCUCUCUCAUCAAGACCCAAAGAAGUACGAAAUUAGGGCAUCAAGGACAAAAGACCUAUAAAAGAGGGAGAAGAAGCAACAAGAAGAAGACUUUUGGACCAUUGGACAUACUAAGCGGCUAGAUCUAGGGUUUUAGGCGAUCUCUUUGAUCUUGUUGCUCUUUCACUUUCCUGUCACUCUUGUAACCCUUCAGUUCGAAUCUAAUAAAACGUCUUUAGUCAUCCCAUUUCUGACUUCUUUCACUCUAGUCGACUGAAUCUCGUUCAAACAAUUGGCGCCUAACGUGGGGCUGACUAAAGUAACGUUCUAGAUCUACAUGGUUCAAGACGACGCCACCUUCGGCGCUCCGGGCGGAGAACCAACCCCUACGCCCGAAGCCGCGCCACCCAUCGCCACAGAUUUUAUGAGCUCUAUCAUGGCUCGACUCGCUCGUCAAGACGAAGUCCAAAAGACGACCAACGACCAAUUAGUUGCUUUGGUCGCGGCACUCACAGCUCCCGAUGGCCAAACGAGCCGUCCCCAGCAGAUACGCCGUCGCCUCUUUAACACCAACCCAACGGCGACCGGAGGCAACCACGUCUCAGACGACUCGGAGCCUAAUGAAACCCUUCUCGCCGACCACCCCCCGGUAGGCUCUGAUCUCGCAACCAUACGCGAGCUCGCCGAGCUCAAACUCAGCUUCCAACAAAUGAGCGAGAAGAUCCAUCAAGUAACCAGCGCGGCCCCGCAAAUCGAGAGCGUACUCGCCGCAACAUCACGCACCCCUUUCACUAGCGCUCUGACUAGUGUGCAACUCGGAAAGAUAGAGAAGCUGCGCCUACCCGAGUACAAACCCGGCGGAGACCCGGUGGAACACAUGACAGCUUUCAACAUCGCGAUGGCGCGGGCUCGACUCCCCGACGAAGAAAGGGAUGCAGGCUACUGCCAACUGUUCGUUGAAACUCUCCACGAGUAAGCCCUAACCUGGUUCUCCCAGUUAGAGGAAAACUCCAUCGGAAGCUUCCGCGACUUGUCAGCAGCUUUCCUCAAGACUUACAUUAUGUUCACCAAGCGCAGCGCUACCGCCUCUAGCUUGUGGAACCUUAACCAAACCAAAGACCAGAGCCUCCGCGACUACAUGGAGAAGUUCAAAGCUGUAGUCUCGAGGAUUGAAAUUCCAGACGGUAUUGCCAUCGACGCCCUGCGGAACACAUUGUGGGUUCGUUCUAAAUUCCGAGAGGAUUUAUACCAAAACCCAACUACGUCACUCAAGGAUGCUAUCGCGCGCUCUGAUAAUUUCAUCCGAAUAAAAGAAGAUACUAACGCUAUUCUCAGCAAGAUGAACACACCCAAAGCUCCAGCGGCUAAAAAUGCCAACACGCGACAAGAACCGCGCCAGCAUGCUCCAAUCGAUAAAAACGGCCGCAAAGACGGAUACAUGUAUGUCGUCAAUGAGAACAACGUGCCGGUUUCAACUCUCGUAGUCCGCGGAGAAGGAUGGAACAAGUGGGUAAGGGAGCUCGAUUCGUCCGACAAACCAGUCGACGCCGUUUGCUCGACCCAGA